ACCACGGUUUGCUGUGACGUUCAUAACAGAGACAAGUCCGAACAAAUAUCUCGCUACGAAAAAUAGUUUUUAGACACAGCACUUUGAUAAACGAGCCAGUUUCGCUUAUUUACGCAUCAUAUGGGAACCUGUUAUUCAUGGAGACCUAUAAAAAUAAAAUACAGCGUUGAACUGAUUAUUUUCGCAGUAUCAUCAUCAUUGGUUUUACCUGUAAAGGCGAAUUAAUUUCGAAGAUCGAUAAAGAUGAUGAACAUCGAGGAUGAACUGACCACAGCAGCUGCCACCGGAAACUUUUCUCAUGUUCAUUUUUUACUUUCUAACGGAGUGAAUGCCAAUGUGGUUAACAAAUUUAGAAGAACGCCUAUACAGGUGAUGAUGAUGGGUAACACACCUUUGGCUCUUCUGCUGCUGGAACAAGGAGCGGAUCCUAAUGUGCCUGACCCCGAGACAGGGAGCACACCUCUGCACGACGCUGCCAGAACCGGAUUUAUUGACACCGUGCGGCUUUUAAUCCGCUUCGGCGCCGAUCCCAAUGCAAGAGAUCACAGCGAUUUACGACCAGUGGAUGUGGCACAACAGACUGGCAACGUGGAUGUGGUUGAAUUGCUCAAUCGUGUUUAAAAUGUUUAGCCUCACUAUAGCCUAUUUAUAUAGGCUACUUUAGGUGGUAAAUUUAAUUAAUGCACUUAAGUACUUACAAUUUAAAUAGCACGUGGUCAUGCAUGCGGUUUGGAAAUUCUAAUCAUUUGAAAUUUUAAUUCUGUAUAUUUUAAGUUUAUUUAUUAUUAUUUAUUAGUCUAGUCGAUAGGAACUUCAAUAAAAGGCUACGGACACAAACCACGUUAUGCUCAUGUUAGCCUAUAUCGUUCACAUAAUAAAAAGCAUUAUGUCCAAAGAUAAAUAAAUGAAUAACAUAUCCACCUAUUUGUUUUUAACUUGAACAGCAUGUUGACAAACAUUGCUAAAUAGAUUCAAAUGUCGCACAACGCAAUGACAUCCAAUGUUAUUUUCGGCUACUUUCGGUUAAAUUGUUUUCGUUUAGUUCAUAUUAUACGACUAAUAAAAUUGCAACUCUCCAUUUAUACCAAGGCAUAAUUUAAAUACUUUUAUUCUACAACUGAAACUGUGUGGGUCAACCUGACCAAAGAAACAUUUAACUUGUGAGGGAUUUUUGUUAGCCUUUAUUCAUAACUGUAUUUAGUGUUCGAUUGAUAAUUGUUCUUUCUGGCUACUCAAAAAUCCGGUGCAAACUAAAUCCAUAUGUUAAUUAAGAGUUUAACCUAAAAACCUAUAUAUAUUAGAAAACGAGGCGCUUUAUUUUACACGGAUAACUCGUUUAACUAAGUGCAGAAAUGUAAGUGUGUAUUAAAAUAUCUCUUUUUUUUUAGAAAGACGGAGGGGAAAAACAGAAAGAUUAAACGUCAGAUAAGGCGUCGAUGUGAAAGUGAAUGGUGUGGAUAGAAGGAAACGAAGCUGGUAAUGCUUGUCAAAAAAAAAUCACUACUGCAUUUUUUUGUCCCCCUCACAAUUGUAUCUAAGUUUUUUACAAAUACGCACUUUGUUCUUCAUAAAACUAGAAAAACAAAUGUGUUGCUGACUGAGCUAUAGGUAUCUGCUAACUAAAAUAUAGUGCAAUGAAUAAUAUCCCACACAAACUGCAUAGGGAAAACAGCAUUCGUUUAUUUAUAGGUAUGACAGCCAUUUAUUAACCAAAAUACUUGUAUUUAUAUUCAAGCUAUUUAAGCCAUGCGUAUAUUUGUCUAAUAAUGCUACUGCUGCUGUAAAAGGCACUAACAACAAUUGUAAUUAUCACAAGAUGUGUUUUCC